UGUCUGAGUGAGAGACAUUGAAACUGAGUGUGGUCUGUGUGGUCGCUAGGUGUCGCUCCAGGAUUGCCUCAUCAUCGUUUCCUGUGAUGCAAUGCCUCAUGGCGGGAGCAAUUCUCGAUACCCCCUCUAAAGCACAUUGGUGGCCAUGAGUCAGCGCGCAGGCGCUCUCCGAGCCUCUUACUUGCGCCAGCCAAGUCACAUCUGACCCAGAACAACAAUGGCAGACGAUGAAUUCGAAUCCGCUGGGUCUGGUGCUUCGCAGACCUACCCACAGCAGUGCUCCGCUCUGCGUAAGAAUGGCUUCGUGAUGCUGAAAGGCCAUCCCUGCAAAAUCGUGGAAAUGAGCACGUCCAAGACUGGGAAGCACGGUCACGCCAAGGUUCACUUAGUAGGAAUCGACAUCUUCUCUGGGAAGAAGUAUGAGGAUGUAUGCCCUUCCACCCACAACAUGAAUGUUCCACAUGUCACCCGCAAAGAUUAUCAGCUGACUAAUAUCGAUGAUGGGCACAUGGCGCUAAUGGAUGAAGGCGGAGAAGUACGUGAAGAUUUAAAAGUGCCCGAAAGUGACGUGGGUACUGAAAUCGCGGAGCGUUUUGAUAAAGGCGAGGAUCUUAUGGUCACCAUUUUGAAAGCUAUUGAUACUGAAUUGGCCAUUGCCUACAAGCUAAACUCAGAGAAGUAAACCGUGCUCCCGCUCUGGAGGUAAUGGUUUCCGGAGGCAAGAGAGCAUUGAGCUAACUUGGUGACCUUGGAGAUGAUUGCUACUGCAACUUGUCCCAUUCUGCUCAGGCACAAUUAUAAUGAUAACAACAACUACUGGACUUCCCGGCUUUACACUUGCUUCCUGUGGCCACCUGAACCACAACUCUACCAACAACCAAGAUGCCACAUUACUGUACCCAUGUACAGACCCUAAAAAACACUGUUCCAUGAAAAAUCUUCCAGUAUUGCUGAUCUCUGUUGUGUUGUUAUUGUUCUGACAUAGUUUUCCUUUUUGUUUCCUUGUGUCGUUACAAACACUUUCGCCUGGCCCAGAAAUGAUGUGACAGUCUUUACAACUGUGUUAGAAAUGUAAGGUAAUGUAAAUUGUAUCCACUGGUUGUGCAGCAUUUCUUCCUUGUCCAUUUGUAAUGUUACAUAUGCUGAUUUUUUCUUUCUGUCACUUGGCGUGGCAAGCAGAUUUAUCCGAACACCUCUUGUUCGUCUCAUUGUCUGCACUACUUUGGUCACUUUGUACUUUACCCAAGACCAGAAUCUUGAUUUGAAAGACAGAGUCAUCUGUUGUCUCCCUGGGAAGUUUCUGUGGUUAUAGACAGAGAUGAUCUCUCUCUUUCUUAUUGUAGACAAAGUUCUCGGGUUUUAUGGUGCAAAGACCAUGGCGUACAAGAGACUCUGAUGAUCUGCUGCGGUCGCUCGUUGUAAAGCCGCGGGGCGGGGUAAUCGUAGAUGGGAAGCGUGACUUAAUGAUGUAGCAUUAUUAAUCUGUGUCUGCUGUCAGACCACCAUGCCUUUGGCCUUUACACUUCUGGGAUUUACAACACAGAAAUCCAAUAAAAGACAUGAACCAAAAGGGAAGUUUCAGACUGCCAGGCUUUGUGCUGUUAGCUUUAAGAACUUCUAUAAGUCAUAAUUGGUGGAUGAAGACAUUUGCUGAACCAAAAUUAACCAAGAUAUUGUUUGCAUCAAGUUGUUGUCGUCAGAUGAAGUUUAUCUCUUUUCCUAAUUUCCUAUGUGUUGUGUGUUUGCCAGUUCCUUGCACUGUUAAUUCGAUCGUGCCUUUAUCUGCUAGUAGAUGUACACAUGAGGGGGCAUUGCUAAAGGUGGGAAGGGACAAAAUUAGGAUUUUCAGUACUUUGAAAUAGAAACUGUAAGGAGCACGUUUCUCCAUCUGUGAUUUUGUGGUAGCACAUUCUUGUGAAGAAUCACUAUAUUGUGAACGAUAUAAUUGUUUUGUAGUUAAAACCCCUUUUUUUUUCUCACAGAAGUGGCUCAGGGCCCCACUUACUGUUAUGUCAAGAGAAUUUGUGCUUUCUAUACUGGCGAGAAAUGUUUUCACGAUAUAUUUUGUCAGCUGGCCCAAGGGGUGGAUGUACAGUCAUACGUAGUUUUCAUGCAAUGGUGCAUAAUGGCCCAUGGGACUGCCCUGCCGAGGUGGGAAAAAGCAGAUUCUCUCACGGCGGCAAAAAAGUUUUGGGGCUCCGACCCAUAGGUGUUGCCAAGAAUUGGUUGCAUGAUUUGGUGAUUGUACCAAUUGGCAUGCCUUUUCUAUUCGAGAGAACCCCGCAUUUAGGUCUACCAUCACCAAUUCUAGUGAUAAAAUACCCAUUUUUAGAUCACAAAUGGUAGUAACUUGCAGUACUUUCAUUCAGAACCACCUCUGUUCUUGCAACUCUCUUGCUGUCCAUUCUUUUGCCUCACUACUACGUCAGUGAAAAAGACCUGCAUGUCUAAGAUCAGUGUGUUUAUAAUGUAGUUGAUAGGAAAUAUGAGAAUGAGUGAAAAGACAAAAAAAAAUGCACCUUGUGACACUGGUUGCCAGUGGCUGCCCUUGGUAAUAGCAUAUAUAAAAGCUGAAUCAGUUAUCCAGCAAAAUGUGUCUAGUACACUGUCUACUAUGGUUACCAUGUUAACCUCAUUUGUGCCAGCUAAAAAUUUUCCCUUUUAUUGUCGAGUACGAUACUCUGUUGGUCUUGGUACCAGUUGGCCAACAAACACAUAACGUUUGAACGCACUUUGUCAUCACAUUUGUUCAACUUCAAGCAGCCACUUGCUGCCCAUUUUCCUAAGGCCACAACAUGUCCUGGAAUGCAAGUAAAACACGCUUGUCGGCCAAUUCCUCUGGGCAUGUUACAUAAGGGACUGCAAGCACAGCCCAUGCAUGGGUGGAUGAAGAAAACUUCUUGCCCGUUUCCUGGUGGCAGGAGAAGUGCGGCCCCCUCACCUCGGCAGUCCUCUUGGGUGGAAAAGGGGAAUAAUAAUAAAGCAAACCACUGGGACUUAACUCUGUA